GUCCCACAGAAACGAAGCACUAAAAAUAGAAUAUUAUUUUCUUAUUCCCUAAUCCAACCUCAAAAUAUUAAAAAAAAUGUUCUGAGGAAUAUAAUUUUUGCAGUUUCCAAGAGAAUUCACGAAAUAACUUAUUGAGCUGAAAAGAGAUCAAUUUAUCCGGUUUGAAGCAAACAUUCAUCAUCAUCCACAGAACAAGAUAGAGAUAUUCUCCUAAUUUCAGAUUCUAAUAAUGGCUUCUUCAACUCUUAUUUGUGAAACCCAACCUUGGAAAGCUUUAAAGGCUCAUGUUGAAGAUAUUAAAAAGACUCAUUUACGUGAUUUGAUGGGUGACUCAGAACGCUGCAAAUCCAUGAUGCUGGAGUUUGAUGGGUUGUUUUUGGAUUACUCGAGGCAAUGUGGUAAUCAGGACACCAUGGCAAAACUGUUGGAGCUGGCUGAGGCAGCACAUCUCAAAGAAAAAAUUGGCAAAAUGUAUAGCGGAGAACAUAUAAACAACACCGAGGAUAGAUCUGUUCUUCACGUGGCUCUACGUGCUCCAAGAGAUGCUGUUAUGUCCAGUGAUGGUAUAAAUGUAGUUCCAGAGGUUUGGAAGGUUUUGGACAAGAUCAACGAGUUCAGUGAAAAAAUUCGCAGUGGCUCUUGGAUUGGAGCCACGGGGAAGGCAUUGAAAGAUGUUGUUGCUGUUGGUAUUGGAGGCAGCUUUUUAGGUCCCCUCUUUGUACACACUGCACUUCAGACAGAUUCGGAGGCUGUGGCCUGUGGAAAAGGACGCCAGUUGCGUUUUCUCGCAAAUGUGGAUCCAGUUGAUGUUGCAAAGAGUAUCGCAGGGUUGAACCCUGAAACCACCUUGGUUGUGGUGGUCUCAAAGACAUUUACAACAGCUGAGACCAUGUUGAAUGCUCGCACACUGAGGGAGUGGAUUUCAGCUGCUCUUGGGCCUCAGGCUGUUGCAAAGCAUAUGGUGGCAGUCAGCACCAAUCUUGCGCUUGUUGAGCAGUUCGGUAUUGACCCUAAUAAUGCUUUUGCUUUCUGGGAUUGGGUUGGAGGUCGAUAUAGUGUUUGUAGUGCUGUUGGAGUAUUACCUCUGUCUCUCCAAUACGGAUUCCCUCUUGUUGAAAAGUUUUUAAAAGGAGCUUCCAGCAUCGAUAAGCAUUUCAAUUCAGCACCUUUUGAGAAAAACAUACCUGUACUUUUAGGUUUAUUGAGUGUUUGGAAUGUUUCGUUUCUUGGAUACCCUGCAAGAGCCAUCUUGCCUUACUGUCAAGCACUAGAGAAGUUCGCUCCCCAUAUCCAACAGGUUAGCAUGGAGAGCAAUGGCAAAGGUGUAUCAAUUGAUGGUGUUCCUCUUCCUUUCGAGGCAGGCGAAAUUGAUUUUGGUGAGCCAGGUACAAACGGACAGCACAGCUUUUACCAGCUAAUUCAUCAGGGACGCGUGAUUCCUUGUGAUUUUAUUGGUGUUGUUAAGAGUCAGCAACCUGUGUACCUGAAAGGGGAAGUGGUGAGCAACCACGACGAAUUAAUGUCUAACUUCUUUGCACAGCCAGACGCUCUUGCUUAUGGGAAGACCGCCGAACAAUUGCUUGGAGAAAAGGUCCCUCAGCAUCUUGUUCCUCACAAGACCUUCUCUGGCAACCGUCCAUCACUCAGCCUUCUACUUCCUUCUCUGAACGCGUACAACGUUGGACAGUUGCUGGCUAUCUAUGAGCACAGAGUUGCAGUGGAAGGUUUCGUAUGGGGGAUUAAUUCUUUUGAUCAAUGGGGAGUCGAAUUAGGAAAGUCACUUGCUUCCCAAGUUAGGAAACAACUUAACAAGGCACGCACAAACGGAGAACCAGUCGAGGGGUUCAAUUACAGUACCAGAACUUUGCUAACAAAAUAUCUUGAGGGAAAUUCAGAUGUCCCUUCCGAGCCAGUCACUCUGCUACCAAAAAUAUAGAGACAGUUUAAAAGACAAGAAUUCCCAAAGAUGGGAUGAUAUAUAGAAUAUAUGCUGAGGUUCACCACAUAUGCUCCAGUUUAUGAGAAAUCUUGAAACUUUUUUCAUGCGUCUCAUUGAUACAAUUAGGGGCUUUAAUUGUAUCAGAAAAAUAAUUUACAUACAGUUUUGGAACUCAUUUUCCAGUUGGUUUUUUCCCCAAACAUGAGUCCAGAAUUGUAAUUUUAAUAGAAUGUUGAAGUUUCCAAGUGAGACUUUUCCUUUGGUUUUCA